AUGUUUCGUAGAGUUGUGGUCGGUAUUUCCGGCGGUGUUGAUAGUGCCGUAUCGGCCUAUCUGCUAAAGAAGCGAGGAUUUGAGGUAUGUGGUGCAUUUAUGAAAAAUUGGGACUUGAUCGAUGAGUCAGGUUACUGUUCCGGUGAGCAGGAUCUGGAAGAUGCUCAUCGAUUGUGCCGGAUGCUGGACAUCCACCUGGAGGAGAUCAAUUUCGUAAAAGAAUACUGGUUGGAGGUGUUUGGGAACUUCUUAAAAGACUACGAAGCAGGAAUUACACCCAAUCCGGACAUACUGUGCAACAGACACAUAAAGUUCAAUCGAUUCUUUCAUCAUGCACGCGAACGGCUUGGUGCUGACGCGAUCGCCACCGGCCACUAUGCACGGACCAACUUUGGACCAUUUCUGGAGCAAUACGAUAAGAACGAAAAAGUUCGACUCCUAAUGGCACCGGAUCCGAUAAAGGAUCAAACGUUCUUCCUGUCGCAAAUAACCGCCUCUGCGCUCCGACGCACAAUGUUUCCAAUCGGAUCGUGUAUCAAACCGCAGGUCAAACAGAUGGCGAACGAGAUUGGGUUGGAGUCGUUUGCACGCAAGAAGGAAAGCAUGGGCAUCUGUUUCGUGGGCAAACGUUCCUUUCAGCAAUUUAUCGCCGAGUACAUCGAAACGAAACCCGGCCCAUUUGUAGACGUUGACAGUGGGAAAGAAGUGGGUCGUCAUGCCGGUUUACAUCACUGGACGGUAGGGCAAAAGUGUAAAAUUGGCGGCUGUCUUCAGCCGUACUACGUGCUCCGGAAGCAUCGUGAAACGAACGUGAUUGAGGUCGCUUCCGGGCACGAUCACCCGUUGCUCUAUACGGAUAUGGUGUACGCGGAACAACCCGUUUGGAUAAAUACUCCAGCCGGGUUGGAUCAGGGAGAGGUGGUACGGUGUGAAUUUCGCUUCCAACACACGAAACCAUUGAUCGGGUGUAGCAUAAUCGAAACGACUAGCACGCAGUGUGAUGGACGGCAAGAAUUAUUUAUUAAGCUUGAUAAACCUCUCCGUGCGAUCACACCCGGUCAGUACGCAGUGUUUUAUCGCAAUGAGGAAUGUUUUGGCAGUGCCCGAAUAGUGCAACCAGGACCGUCGGUAGCGUACAGCAAAGAAUGGCUGAUACCCAAGAAGGCGAAUGGGUAA